AUGCUUACAGGAGAAGUCGAGAAGCCUUGGAUCACUGACAAGGACGUCUAUGUGCGGAUAUCAUGGUGGCUCACUUGGACCGUCGCCAUGCUCGGCGUGGUCGGGGGAGCCAUCCGUUGUUACUUUGGAUGGAGGAAUGUCCCCCGCGUUGGCAAUCUGUGCCUCAUAAUGGAGGACGACUUCAACACGUUUGACCUUCAGAACACCUGGACACGGGAUGUGGAGAUGGGCGGAUUUGGCAACGGCGAGUUCGAGAUGACGACGGACUCCUCCAACAACUCCUUCGUCCAAGACGGCCAGCUGUACAUCGUCCCGACGCUCACCUCGGAUGUCAUCGGGUACAACCACGUCAUGAAUGGCUACACCUACAACAUCUCUGGCUGCACGAACUCCAACCACUCGGCAUGCGGAGCCGUAUCCAACUCGAGCGCAGGCUCCGUGAUUAACCCGGUCAUGAGCGCGCGGAUGUCAACCGUCAAGAGCCACAGUAUCAAGUACGGGAAGGUCGAAGUCGUUGCCAAACUUCCCCAAGGCGAUUGGCUCUGGCCUGCCAUCUGGAUGAUGCCUGUCAACGACGUCUACGGUGCCUGGCCAGCGUCUGGCGAGAUUGACAUCAUGGAGUCGCGCGGCAACGGUAUCAACUACCCAGCACAGGGCAUCAACUACGUGAGAUCUUCCUUGAACUGGGGCCCCUUCUCCUUCCUGAAUGGUGUCUCCAAAACGUACGGGUGGUGGACGAACCGGCGCAAGACGUACGCGGAUGGCUUCCACACAUACUCGCUCGAGUGGACGCCCGAGUUCAUGCGGAUGUACGUCGACACGCGGCUCGACCACACGCUGCAGCUCGCGUUUAACGAGCCGUUCUUCGACCGCGGCGACUUCCCCGAGACGAUCGCGAACGGCUCCGAGUACAUCGUUACCCCGAACCCGUGGCCGUUCUACCUCAUCCUCGACCUCGCAGUCGGGGGACGAACGGGUGGUUCCCGGAUGGCGCCGGGACAAACCUGGCUGGACGCGUCGAGCGCUGCGAUGCAUGACUUCGCCCAGGCGCAGGAUACGUGGUACGCGACCUGGCCGCAGAACGUCCAACAGCGCGCGUUCAUUAUUGACUCCGUGAAGAUGUGGCAGGCGUGUUAGAGCGGCAAGAGAUAGGCCGCGCUGCAUGGCUGGUACUCUUUCCCAUGGACUUAGCGCGUGCGCAUAUACGGAACGCCCAAGGACAUCGGAGGUUCCUGGCUGCGGUACUGAAUACCUGCUAUGUUGGACAUUGUUGUACAGGGGUAUCAUGAUACGCCGUCCGGUCCUUGUUUUUUGGAAGUUCUCUCUACUCGGGUGGUGGGUUUGUUUCUAUGGUCGCUUGGUUAGUAGCUAUCAGUAUCUUACGUUCUACCGGUGUCCUCUACCGCGUUUAUUGUGUCUUUUCGGCGCUUGGUUGUACUGUAACAUACUUCGCCGUCCGCAGACCUUAUAGACCAUGUAGCUAUUUGUCACCAGAGGCUCAAUACACGCAAACAACGCUCUCAAUCUGCGGUCGAGACUCCUUACACGACUCGCGUGCU